AUGGUUUCCAUCAGAUCCAAAACAACUCUCGUCCUUGAUUCACUUCCCGAGUAUUGUCCACCAUUCCUGUGGGCGGGCCUGGUGCUGGGCAGGGUGAUCUCGGACGAGCUGCUGGAGUGCUACCGCGACCUGGGCGCGAACCCGGUGCCGCUGAGCACCGCCUCGCUGGUGACGCUGGUGCGCAAGGUGGAGCGCAUGGAGAACGCCGCCACGCUCGAUCUUCGCACGCUCUCCUACACGCUGCUGCACAGGUUCCGCGCGGACGGCCUGGAGCGCGACCCGGACGCGGUGUUCAGCGAAUUUGUGGUGCCGGUGAGGCAGAGCGGCCGGCAGGCGCUCAAGUGGGACAUUCUGGCCGAGCAGCUGCUGCCGGGCAACUCGCUGCUCUUCCCCGAGGAGAGCCUCACGCACCACGAGAAGUGUGCCCUGCAUAUAAUGCUGUCGAGUUCAGUUGACCCUUCCGAGUGCUUCUCAAAGGGGACCAACAACUCAAGUGUACCAAUCACGACGGGGUGCCGGGAGCGCGGUGUGGUGAACGACACACGCGGCGCCGUGUCGGCGGGCACGGUGGUGGCCGCGCUGUGCGCCGCCUCGCAGCCGCAGACGGUCAGCCUGCGAGACCUGCUGGCGUCGGCGGCGGAGGCGGGGCUGGCGCCCGUGCUGUCCGCCGGCACCUCGGCCGUCGCGCCGCGGGACCGCGAGAAGCUGGAGAGCCUCAAGGCGUACUCCGACAUGGGCAGCGCCGCCGCCGUAGACAGCCUCUGGGCCAGCACGCUCGCCGGAGACCUGUCCGAGGUGGCCAUCUACCAGGGCCCUCGCGUGGCGGCUGUCCGUGUGGGCGCUGCCGGCUUCUGGGACGACCCGCUGCUGCCCAUCAACUACGUCAUCGGCCACAAGGUCAUCAUAGACCUCACCGACGCCGAGCUCCGCGGCGGCAUCGACGGCCUGGUGCUGGGGGGCGGGCUACGCGCGUGGCUGGAGCAGAUGGGCCGCCUGCGGCUGUCGCAGCUGCUGGAGAUGUACUACUCGCCGCGCGGCGUCGUGCUGGACGCCCAGGGGCAGCUGAGGGCCUGCCAGCGCUCCGGCGUGCUCUCCACCGCGGGCUACGGGCUGCGCCUGCGCAACGAGACGCUGAACAUGGCGCGGCUGCUGUACAUGAGGUCGGACGGGCCGCAGCUGAGCGACGCGGCCAUACAGAACUACACCAACGCGUCCGUCAGCGCCUUCUCCAGUUACUACCGUGAUGUCCUGGCGAAGGACCCAUCUUGCGCUGGAGAACUCUGGAACCCUCCCUACGUUCACCUGCUCGUCAUCAUGGACUCCACGUGGACGCCCAAAGAGGCAAUUCGCCUCCUCACGUUCCUGGCCCAGCAGGCGGACGUGUCUGAGCUGGGAAGUUCCCUCAGCCUGCUGGACGGCCGCGGGGGACGCUGGGUAAUCAACGGCUCCAGGCGCUUCACCGACGUGCCGCAGGCGCUGCACAACGACUCCCUGCUUUCCUUGGAUAAAAUAGGUCAAUCAAUUACAAAGUGUGCCCCCAUCGCCGACAUCGCCAGGAACUAUGUUAAUUUUGACAUCACAAGGAAGUGGUUCAAAUGGCUCUGA